AUGCCUCAUUUAACUGACUGUACUUAUUACAAGGUACAAACACACUUGGAAAAUCAGUCUAGAUACCAUAUCCAGCAAAGCCAGAGGCACCAGGUGAAGCAGUACCUGACCCUUGAUACCAAGCUGUCCAGCCAGACUCUCUCCCUGUCCCACUCCCACACAAUCCAGCCUUCAGGAGUGGCCUCCAUUUUAAGAAACGGACACAUGCCUCCUGCCAGCGAUCUUGGCACAUCAGAAAGCCCAGUUACCACACUGCUGGCCCUUGGAGGAGAGCAAGAAAAUGCGAUGGAAGAGGUGAUUGAAGACAUAAUCAAUAUGGAAUCAAAUUUUAAUGAUGAAGGGAUAGGUUGUUCUGAAACUCCUCUACUGAUGCAAAGAACUUUAUCUAGCAGCAUUUUGGAUAUAUACAACAGUGACCAGGGAAUGGCACCAGCUAAUAUGGGUCUCACAAAUGCUUCUUGCCCAGCUAAUCUACCAGUAAAAAGGGAACUUACAGCAGAUACACGAGCAUUGGCAAAGGAGAGACAAAAAAAGGAUAAUCACAAUCUCAUUGAGAGAAGAAGAAGGUAUAAUAUUAACUACCGAAUCAAGGAGCUUGGCACACUCAUCCCCAAGUCUAAUGAUCCUGAUAUGCGCUGGAACAAAGGAACUAUUUUAAAAGCAUCAGUGGAGUACAUCAAGUGGCUACAAAAAGAACAACAGAGAGCCAGAGAAUUAGAACACAGGCAGAAGAAAUUAGAGCAUGCUAACAGAAGACUUCUACUCCGAAUUCAGGAACUAGAGAUCCAGGCACGUGCACAUGGCCUUCCAGUCAUGUCUUCGCUCAGUGCUGUUGAUUUAGCUGCACAGGUCAUCAAGCAACAGUCUUACCCAGAGGAGAACUCCAUAGACUACUCUCAACAAAUGCCUCUGGCACACAGACCAAAUUCUGAUGUUAGUGACCGAUCUACAGCCUUUUCUGAUCCACUUUCACACUUCACGGAUUUGUCCUUCAGCGCAGCUUUAAAAGAAGAGCAACGGCUAGAGGAAAUUUUGCUGGAUGACACGGUGUCACCAUUUGGAACAGACCCACUCUUGUCCUCCACGUCCCCAGCCGCAUCAAAGGAGAGCAGCAGGAGAAGCAGCUUUAGUACAGAUGAUGGGGAUGAUUUAUAAAAACAAAAAGGGCCUCAUACUUCUCUAAACCUCUUGCUAAAGACUGCACUGCAUGUAAGCAUGGUGUUCGUGCUUCUUUUAAAUACAAAUAAGGAGAGCCACUGUGAAGGUGAAUAACGACAAGGGCUUAAAUCAGCCCUUACUUCACAGGAAAAUGAAAUGGACAUGAACUCAUAACUUUGCCCCAAAUUCACACCCUCUGCUCACAGGUGACAUUUGCACAAAUCUUUCUUCUCUGGGAACUUUUUUACUAUCAUUCCAUUACUUUUUACAGCACUAUGAAAAUGGUUACCACAAAAGGAAUACCCAUGGUACAAAAGUUUAUUCAAACCCUCUCUUCAAUCUGCAUUCACUUUUCUCUGAUAGAAACAAGAGCUUUUGGCAUUUUUUAAUUUCUCUUUUUUGUCUAACUAAAAAUUUUACAUAACGUGAAGUGA